AUGUCAGGUGUCGGAGAAAUUUUGAAAGUGGUUGGUGAUUUUGGGACGUUUCAGAAAUGGCUGGUGCUGCUCACCUUGUUUCCCUGCCUCAGUGUGGCUUUCCAUCAGUUUUGCCAACUUUUUAUGGUUCCCAAUGUGCCACAUCACUGUGACACCAGCUGGAUCCGUGCCGUCGGCCCCAACCUGACCGAGGAAGAGCAGCUGAACCUCACCCUGCCCCGGGACAUGGACGGGACGUACGAGCAGUGCUCCAUGUACUCGCCGGUGGACUGGGACCUCAGCUCCAUCGUGGCGUACGGCCUGAACGCCACGGAGAAGUGCAGCAGUGGCUGGGUGUACGCCUCAGCACAACCGCCGUCCCUGCUGAGCGAGUUUGACCUGGUGUGUGACAGGAAGGACCUGAACGACAUCUCCCAGUCCAUCUACAUGGUGGGGUUGUUCCUAGGAUCCAUGAUCUUUGGGCCACUAAGUGACAGGAUUGGCCGCCGACCAGUCAUUCUUAUCUCCAUCUUCCUCCAGGGCUUGUUUGGUGUAGGAAUUGCCUUUGUACCCCAUUUCUAUGUGUACAUGGCCUUCAGAUGUGUCGUGGGGGCUUCGGUGUCAGGGAUCACUAUGACGAUACUGGCCUUGGCUACAGAAUGGGUUGGUGUCUCCUCCCGGCCAAAGGCAGUGCUUAUUUCUCAUUGCUGUUUCGCCAUUGGACAGAUGAUUUUGGCUGGUUUGAGUUACGGUAUUCGCAACUGGAGGCUGCUGGAGCUUGCAGGAUCUGCUCCUAUUUUUGCCUUUUUCUUAUUUACCCAGGUGCUACCAGAAUCAGCGCGGUGGCUGGUGACAAAAGGCAGAACAGAAGAAGCUAAGAAGGUCCUUCAGAAGGCAGCGUCCAUCAACAAGCGCACCAUCCCACCAGGACUCCUUGAGCAGUUGAAGCCUGAGACACAGCCCAAGUCUGCAAGUAUUCUGGAUCUCUUUCGGAAGAAGCACCUCUGGAAGGUGACUUUAAUCAUGUCGUGCACCUGGUUUGUGAACAGCCUUGUCUACUAUGGGCUGAGUCUGAACGUGACAAAUUUUGGUCUGGACAUCUACCUGACACAGCUUGCCUUCGGAGCAGUGGAAAUCCCAGCCCGUGUUGGUUGUAUCUUCAUGUUGCAGUGGUUUGGGAGGAAGAAAACCCAGGCUGUUCUCCUGCUGCUGAGUGGCCUGGUGUGUCUGAUCAUCACUGGCAUCCCUGAAGAUCAGCCUGUGGUGACCACCGUCCUGGCCAUCAUCGGCAAGUUUACUGCCUCAGCCUCCUUCUCCACCUCCUACGUCUACUCUGCAGAGCUCUUCCCCACAGUUGUCAGGCAGACCGGUGUGGGGCUGUGCUCGAUGUCAGCACGGGUGGCAGGGAUCAUUGCCCCGCUGAUCCGCCUCCUGGGCCAGUACCACCGGGCCAUCCCCAUGGCCAUCUUUGGGAGUGCCCCCAUGGUGGGGGGGCUGCUCUGCUUCCUCCUGCCUGAGACCCGUGGCACCGACCUGGUGGACGACAUGGGGAGUGGCCGCCCGCCAGAUGAGGUCUGUGAAAAUGCCAACAGCAGCUCUGAAAAUGGACACGUGAAAGGAAAAGAUAGUGAUCAAGACAAUGAGUACACAAAGACCACUCACUUCUAGCAGGGCCUCAAGCAGCUGUAGCUAAAGGCAACCUUGUGCUGUGCUGGCACUGGGGUCAGGCAGGGUCUCCAUUUGCAGGACACCACCACCUCUCAAGCAGUCACUGCCAAUUCUUGUUUUUCCUUUUCUUUUUUGCCUUCCUGUAUCUCCCUCUAUAGCUUGUCUUCAGCCACUGCAUGCUGUCUCUGGUGUUCAACAGUGCUCUCACUGGAGAAAAUCUGAUGCUUUUCAUUUAAGGGAAAAAAGAAAGAAAUCAGAAACCAGGCAACAUUUCCUUUUCCUUUUUCCUGUCCUGUCUCCAAGAAUGUGAGAUUGUAAACUUUGUCCAAGUGAGACACUUGCUAGAGCAUUGAAUAGACUUGCAAUGGAGUACUGUGCUCACUAAAAAGUAAGCCAGAGCAGAUGCAGCACUGAAAACAAUCUCACACUUGCAAGAAAGAGUGAUUUCUCUUGACUGUCUAGCAUGAUCUUCUCACCCUCUCCAAAACACUCCUUUUAAUUUUUUUUUUUUUUUAAAUUUGAGACACUCAGCUGAGAAAAAAAAGAUGUGAUGGAAGAAACAGCAAGCAAUGAGCAAGGAUGUCUAACAGGCAGCAGAAUUUUCGUCUUAGUGCUGGUGGCUUUGAAUUAAAACACGCCAUGAUGCUUUGUGCACAGAAGAUUGUGCUGUCAGGCUGUGGUGUAGGACUACAUUAAUUUGUCUAUUCCAGGAAACUGAAAGACGUUGUGGCAGUUGGUAUCUUAGAAGAAAGUGCAAAUCUUUCUGGGAACUAUCAGGUCUAUUCUACUCUGUUCUAGUCUAUUCCUUCUGUCCAUUUCUGUCUUUAAAUGGUUUAGGACCACUUUUGUCUUGUAUUAUGAAGAAAAAAAGCUUUUCCUGUGCUUCCCCUCGUCUUAUCUUCUGUCCCUCAAGAUGACUUUGUUUUACCACUGGCUUGGUACAGAUGAAGCCCAGAAAUUAUACAGUGGUCGUGCUCCAGCUUUGUAUACAACUCAAAGGCUAUUUUCUGGUACUGUCAAGAAGCUUUUAAAGCAGACGU